UACUCUCGCUAUGAACCAUGGGAAAUCCCCCAAGAAAGUUUGCAGAUUUGAGGAGUCACACAAAAGGCGUCGGGGGAGUCCGGACUUGGUGAUCCGACCAAGACAAGACAAGACCCGGCUGGUAGCUCCAGUCCGUCCUCAUUGUUUCAUCAUCUCAGAAAAAUCCAGAUUUGGCUGCAGCGCGCUGCAAGUUGAACUUUGCUGAUACUGGUUUGCCAGGUGGCGUUCAAAGGUUCUCCAGCGUGCAGCGUGCUCACUCAGGUUUAACGGUAAAACACCUGCUGCAAGGUGUGCAUCAUUUUCAGAUGGCUUCUGCAUGGCAAAGUGUCCUGUCUGUGCACCAGAGGAUAGUGGACAAUGGAGACAAGAGAACGGACCCGUGGCUGCUGGUCUACUCCCCCGUCCCGGUGGCACUCAUCUUCCUGGUGUACCUCUGCGUGGUCUGGGCCGGCCCUCGUCUGAUGAAACACAGAGAACCCGUUGACCUCAAAGUGGUUCUCAUUGUUUACAACUUUGCCAUGGUCGGCCUGUCCGCCUAUAUGUGCUAUGAGUUCCUGGUCACAUCCUGGCUCUCGAGCUACAGCCUCCUCUGUCAGCCUGUAGAUUACAGCACCAACCCGCUGGCAUUGAGGAUGGCCAGAGCCUGCUGGUGGUUCUUCUUCUCUAAGGUCAUAGAGCUCAGUGACACAAUCUUCUUCAUCCUGAGGAAGAAGAACAGCCAGCUGACGUUCCUUCAUGUUUACCACCACGGUACCAUGAUCUUCAACUGGUGGGCGGGAGUCAAGUACGUGGCCGGCGGACAGUCGUUCUUUAUCGGCCUGGUCAACACCUUUGUUCACAUUGUGAUGUAUUCUUACUACGGCCUGGCUGCGCUCGGCCCUCACAUGCAGAAGUACCUGUGGUGGAAGAGAUACCUCACCUCUCUGCAGCUGGUGCAGUUUGUGCUGUUCCUCCUGCACACAGGCUACAACCUGUUCACAGAGUGCGACUUCCCCGACUCCAUGAACGUGGUCGUGUUUGGUUACUGCGUCACCCUCAUCAUCCUCUUCAGUAACUUCUAUUUUCAGAGCUACCUCAACAAGAAGAAGCAGAAAUAAGACACAGUGAUUGUGAAGCUUUAUGAAACUGUGAACAGCCGGAAAGAACACACCCCUAAGGAUGGAGAAGGCAGAAGCACACUGCCGCGAUGAAUGAGAAGAAUCCAGAGACCCUCAGCAGAAAGUUCUCCCUCAGCUCCUUCUUCAACACCGAUGAAAAGGAAUCUUGAUGGUACUGUGUGUGAAAAUCCUACACGGUGCCCUCUCAUGCACAUGUGCCUUACUGUCAAAGCAUCACAGUGUGUUCCUAUGUUAAAUGAUUAUUAUGGUCCAUUCACACAAAAUAAAAAUACCAUCAGUUUAUUUUAACAAGAUCAGUUUUUAAAAUGGUAUAAAACGUAUUUUGCUCUUACGAUGUUCCUGCAGGAACUUUCAGUGAAUAAACAGUGUAGUUUGAUUUGUACUGACCUCAUUGUAGAUAAUAUUUGUAUCACUAUAUUGUGACUAGUCGACUUGUUUUUGAUGCAGUAUGUAAUAUAAUUGUCAUGCUCAUUUCCACAAUAAAAAAAUAAUGCAAGUUGAGAAA